AGAGAUAGAGAUCUGCAAUUUUGUAAAGUAGCAUCCCGCGUGUUUGUCACAAUCCUCUGUUCCAUUGUCUGUGUUUGUGUGUGGGCUGAUGUCAUAGAUCGCAAGUGUAACCCCAGCCUGUUGAGCAUAGUGUCGAAUGUCAGCACCCCCACAACUUCUGAGCACACGCCAGGCCAAUUGCAGUGGUGGGAUGCUCAAAGCAUUGUUGGCUUGCUCAUCUUUCUCUUCUGCACCCUCUAUGCCAGUAUUCGUUCAUCGAGCAACACUCAGGUGAACAAGCUGCUGCAAACGGAGGAGGGUGGCGGCGAGACUGGAGUGAGUGUGGGAGAGGACGGCGUACGUAGGGCUGUGGACAAUGAGGAGGACGGGGUGACUUAUAGCUACUCGGCCUUCCACUUCCAACUGGCUCUGGCGUCGCUGUACAUCAUGAUGACUCUCACCAACUGGUACCUGUAAGUCUCACUCGCCAACAGAUGGCCAGUCGUGGGGAGGAUAAGGAGCCCUAGCGAGACUG